CAUUCUGAUUGGCCCAUAGUCUCUUCUUUACUUCUUUCAGCCAAUCGGACCAGGGGAAGAACUGCUCGUGUGGUACAAUGGGGAAGACAACCCGGAGAUAGCAGCUGCACUGGAGGAAGAAAGAACAAGCAGUCUAAGCAAGAAAAAUUCUCCGAGGGCUAGAAGAGCCAGGAAGAAGCUGUUGGAGCGGCAGGCUGCCGGGACACGGCCGGCCCUCAAGCCCACGGCGACACACACCCACACCGGCAGACAUGCGUGAGUUGGAACAAGGGCUCAAUGAGGAGGAGAGUCCCUCCUUGUCUUCGGGGAUGGUGAAGGAGACUCCUCUGGGCGCCAUGGCGACCGUACACCCAUCCCAGCAUCCCCCCGCCGGAGUAGACGACUCCGAGCACCCCCCCUCCGAAACCCCGCCCCCCUCAGAGGAGCACCCGCCGCAGCAGGAGGAGAGAGCGAAAGAGGAGGAGCCAGAGGAGGAAGAGGAGGAGCCAGAGGAGGAGCCAGAGGAGGAGGAAGAGGAGCAGCCGGCCGCCCCCCUGCAGAGCCCAGAGCGGCCUGUAGAGGGCAGCACCUCUCCUGACCCGCAGGGCCCCUGCACAGCUGGCAGGGAAACCCCAGAGAGCCCCGCGGGGGUCCCGUCUGAGGGCGUGGCUUCUGCCCGGAGCGCGGAGCAGGAGCUGGCGCCCGACGCGGAGGCCGAGCCGGAGGGUGACCUUGAGGACCUUGACCUUCAGGGCGGCGACCUCCAGGGCGAGUCCCACCCGUGCCAGCACUGCGAGCGCCGGUUCUCCACCAAGCAGGGCCUGGAGCGCCACACACACAUCCACAGCAUGUCCUCCUCCGGCCACACGGAGGCGCUGUUGUCCUUCUGCUGCCGCUACUGCGGCAAGAGCUUCGGGUCGCAGGUGGGCCGCCGCCGCCACGAGCGUCGCCACGAGAACACCGGCCGCAAACGCCCCGGCUCGCUCGCCGGCACGGCAACGCUGCUCGGCAACAGCAGCGGCUCCUCCUCCCACGGCGGCAACCACCUCGUCGCCAUGACGACCACGCAGAACGGCGCACACGACGGCCACCGGAGGGAGCCGCUGCUGUCCACGGCGGGCGGCGGAGUCGGCGAAUCGGAGCGUCCGGUUGUGGUGGAGGAGAACGGCGAGGCCAAGGAGCUGCACGCGUGCAAGUACUGCAGCAAGGCGUUCGGCACGCACACCAACAUGCGCCGCCACCAGCGCAGGAUCCACGAGCGCCACCUGCUGGCCAAAGGGGUGCGGCGGAAAGGCCUGCUGCUGCCCGACGCCACGCACGCCACGCAGCCCGGGGUUGCUAAGCAACAGCAGCAGGAGGGGGGGUCGCUAAGCAACAGCAGCCCCCCGCCCGUCUACGUGGCCAGCAUGGACUCGGAGGACGAGGCGGAGAGGGACGACGGCAUGGCGGACAUCUCCAGCAACAUCUCCGAGAACCUCAGCCUCUACAUCGACGGCAAGAUCGUCUCCACGGUGACGGGGGGCGGCGGCGGCUGCGAGGUCAUCGAGGUCAACGCGGGCUCCAGCGCGGCCGCCGCGCUCUUCGGCCUGGACGCCGUCAUCAUCAGCCCCGAGCAGAUCAGCCAGGCGCUCAGCAAGCAGGCCGCACGCACACACACACACACACACGCACACGCGCACGCGCACAUGCACACACACACGGUGGGCAAGCGCAGGACCUCUACGCCGCCGAUGCUGCCGUGUGUGAAGGUGGAGUCGGACAGCGCCGCCUCUUCCUCCUCUUCCUCCUCCUCGUCUUCCUCGCUGCUGGUGGCCGGCGCGGCGUUCCCGCCGGCGUUCCCAGACUCGCUGGCGUUCCAGAAGGAGCGGAGUGUGUAUCUGUCUCCGAAGCUCAAGCAGCUGCUGCAGACGCAGACUCAGGACGGCCUGAAGGCCCCGGACUCCCCACACACACACACACACACGCACACACACACACACCGCUCGGCCCCGCCCCUCUCCGUCAGUCCCCUGUCGGCCGCUUCCGGAAGGUUCAAGCGCCGGACGAGCUCUCCCCCCACGUCGCCGCAGCAACACACACUCUCCUCCGCUGCUCCCUCCUCCCCCGCUAACGAGCCCACGGGCACCUCGCACACACACACACACACACACACACACACCGCCGAGUCCGUGCCGUCCUUCGUCCUCAAGGUGCCCAAGCUGGAGGGCCAGAGCCGCUCGGCCGCCUGGGGUGUGUGUGUGCGAGAGGACGCGGACGGCACACACACACACGCACACACACACGCGCAGAGAGACUGGCCGUCGGGCCGCGGCGGAGGCAGCUCCUGCAACCAGCAGCCCCUGGACCUGUCCAGCACCGUGUGUCGCCGUAGCAACAGCGCGGGAGGCGUGGCUAAACCCGCGGCGGGGGGGUCGGGAGCGGGAGGGGAGGCCGUGCUGGACCUGAGCGUGAGCCGCAAGAGCUCCGCUACUGUCGCCGCGGAGACGGACGCCCGUGGCAACAACCCGGCGUCGUCGUCACACACACACACACACGGCGCUCCGGCGGGCCGCAAGAAGAAGCCGAACGGCAGCAUGCUGCAGCAGGUGCUGAUGAGCGAGUACGCCACCCUGCCACCGGGGGGAGCCGACGAGCUGCACGACAACGACAACGACAACGACGUCACUUCCUCCCCGCUCAGCACCGUCCCAGAUGCCGACGCUGAUGUCACUUCCUCCCCUGCCAGCCCCGGCUCUGCCUCCGAGCGUCUCCCUGGCGACCACUCCUCGCCGCCAUCGUUGACCCCGGUGACCCUUAACCCCUCGACCCCCGGCUCCCCCCGCCUGGCGUCCCCCACCCCCCCACCCCCCCUCCUGCCCUCUGCCCCCUCCCCACCCCCCCACCCCUCCUCCUGCUCCUCCUCCUCCUACCCCGUGCUCUCCCCGCAGCCCUGCGAGCUCACGCCAGACCCGCACACACACCCUGCGGACACACACACACACACACACACACACUCCUCCGGUGUGGACACACACGCCAGAUCCGACUCGCCGCCGCGCCACGAUCCGGUGCCCCCUGCUUUUGACGACGACGACGACGACGAUGCGGAACCCAGCGAUGCGGAACCCAGCGAUGCGGAACCCAGCGAUGCGGAACCCAGCGAUGCGGCGCCGCACGACUCCGGGCUGUCCUCCAGCUCCCUGGGCCACUCGGACUCGCCGUCCCCGCGCAGCCACAGCGGUUCCGUAGAGGAACCCGCGCCGCAGAACCCAGAGCCAGAACCUCGCUCCCCCUGCAAGCCGCUCCCCGCGGGCAGCCCGGCCAGAGCUGCCCCCAAACACACACACACACACACGCGCGCCGUCACACACCUGGCGCUGAAGGAGGAGCCUGACGGUGACGACGCCCCCGGGGAGGUUGCCGUGGCGAUGAGGGAGGAGGAGGCGGACGGCGACGUCGACGGCGACGCGUUCGCUAAGAGCUUCGUGUGCAACGUGUGUGAGCAGCCGUUCCGCUCCAUGGCCGAGCUGAGUCGCCACAUCGUGGCGCACGCGCCCGAUUGGCCGCUGAAGUGCGAGUUCUGCGUGCAGCUGUUCGGCGCGGCGGAGGCCCUGCGUGAGCACCGGUCCGCGCUGCACGGCGUGGGACGCAUCUACGUGUGUUCCGUCUGCCGCAAGGAGUUCGCCUUCUCCUGCAACCUGCUGCAGCACCAGCGCGACCUGCACCCCGACACACACUGCACACACACCGUGCUGCAGAGUGGCAAGCUGCGCCCGCACAACUACACCGACCCCGCGCACGCCGCCGCCGUCGCCCUCGACCCCGUCAUCAUCGCCACGGAGACCACCCCGGAGCCCCUCCCCCCAGACACCGCCAAGCGCCACGCCGAGCCCAAGAAGGAGGAGGAGGAGGAGGAGGAGGCGCAUCAGCAGCUGACGGAGGAGGGAGAGGAGGAAGAGGAGGAGGAGGAGGGGGAGGAGGAGGGGGUGCGCGAGGACUCUACGGAGGAGCUGUACACCACCAUCAAGAUCAUGGCGUCGGAGGCGGGAAAGCCGCGGGGGCCGGACGUGCGGCUGGGCCUCAACCAGCACUACCCGAGCUUCAAGCCGCCGCCCUUCCCCUACCACAGCCGCUCGCCGGCCGGCUCCGCCUCCGCCGCCGCCUCCUCCGUCGCCUCGGCGACCAACUUCACCACCCACAACAUCCCGCAGACCUUCAGCACGGCCAUCCGCUGCACCAAGUGCGGCCAGAGCUUCUCCAACAUGCCGGAGCUGCACCAGCACAUCCUGUUGUGCGCCAGCGCCAGCGACAAGCGCCGCUACACGCCCAAGAAGAACCCCAUCCCCCUGCGCCAGACCGUGCGCCCGCUCCCUAGCAACAACAACAACAACAACGGCCUCGCCCUUAACGCCACCGCCGCCGCCGCCGCCACGGCAACCGCCGCGUUCCGCAGGAUGGGGCAGCCCAAGCGGCUGAGCUUCGGCCCAGAUCCGGCGCCCGGAGCCUCCCGCAUGAGCGCGCUCAGUAGGAAGAGGCAGCAGCUGCUGCAGAAGGCCAUCUCCCAGAAGCACCGCGCCGCCUCUUCCUCCUCCUCCUCCUCCUCCUCCUCCUCCUCCUCCUCGGCCAAUAAGAGAGCGGCCGCGCAGCCAAUAAAGGAGGAGGAGGAGGAGCAGGCGGGGUUGGCGUUGAGCGCAGCGGAGGUGCACGUGUGUCCGCACUGUAGUCGAGAGUUCACGUACCCCGCCAGCCUGUCCAAGCACAUCUCCGUCAGCUGCCCCAUGAGGCCGGCGCCCAAGCGGGGCAGGAAGUCGUCAUCAGCAUCAGCGGCGGCGACGUCGUCAUCAUCAUCAGCGGCCGGCGCGGAGCCCCUCGGCCCGCCGGACAAGAGCAUGAGCCUGCGGCGGCGGCCGCUGGACGAGGCCAGGCAGGAGGCGGAGCCGAGGCCUCUGGGAAAGACGCGCGCACGCAGCUCCGAGCUCGCCGAGACCGACGCCAACCUGCCGCCCCGGGGGAAGGCGGGCACCACCGCCACCGCCGCCACCGCCGCCACCACGCGUGGCAAGCGCCCGGCCACCCAGCCCCUCGCUGCUGCUGUUGCCCCCGGUAACAAGAAGGGCAGGAAGAGCCUCCAGGCCACACCCCCCAACCAAGGCCCCGCCCCCCCAGUGCCAGCUGUGGACGCCGCGGAGCGGCCGGCUGCCAAGGGGCCGAAGGCGGGCAAGGAGGGCAAGGAGGGCAAGAGGGAGGAGCGGGCGCUGCGCCCCCGAGAGAGGGUGGGGGGGCCCGUCACACGCAGCCUGCAGGCCACGGCCCCCCCAGGAGACGCCAAGACGGACGAGCCCCCCAGCCAAUCAGACACCAGGGAACCCCAGGAGGCUGCCGCCAAGCUCUCCAGGUAGACCUUCCGGAUCCUUCCGAGGGAAGCCGUGCCUGCGGGCGGUGGAGGUCACCCGAGGUGACCUUUGACCCAGCCUGCGUCCAGUCGCCUGUGCGGCGGUGCGGGUGGUUGCCAUGGUGCUGGAGUGGACCUCUGGAACACCUUCCCACAGUCCGCACUCCCCCUGCACUUCCAGAACUGAGCCUGCGACAGACACGUCGCUAUAGCAACACAGACGAGGACUGUAGAUACCUAAUAAUGAAUCUAUACUGAAAUUGAAUAAUGACUUGAUUGGUAAUGAUGGGGCACUGUUAUCAUGGAUGGCUAUCCUAUUGCAAAUGGCAAUCAUUUAUCUGGAGUUACUGCAAGUAGCCUUGCCCCCUCUGUCCUGCCCCCCCCCCCCCCACCCCCCCGUGGUCAGCCUUGUCCUGACCCCCCCCCCCCCCCCCCCCGUGGUCAGUCUCUCGGACAGACGGGGGUCAGCAGAACUUCCCAGGGAGCAGUGGCCUCCGGCCCAGACCCGGUUCUGGUCCCCUAUCGGUCCUGGUCCUGGUGUGUUGUGGGUGUGCUGCUCUCCUGUCUCUUCUGCAUGAGUUGCGUAUCCUGAGCCCGUUUCCCCCCCCUGUUCACACACCACACCUGUCCUGUCCUGUCCUGUCCUGUCCUGUCCUGCCCUGUCCUCUCCCGCGCAGGUGUGUGUGGGACACCUGUACCUGUAUUUAAUUUAACGGAAUGCUCUAUAGAGAAUGAAAUGCUCAUGCUCUCCUGUAACGAGAGCUCUCUUUUUUAAACAUGUAAACGUGUGACCCAGAUGAAGCAACCUGUUUGAGACAGCUGGACUGAGAGAGUGUGUGUGUGUGUGUGUGUGUGUGUGUGUGUCUCUCCCUCUCUGACUCUAAGCCAUGACGUGUGUGUGUGACGUUCGCUCCAGGGCCUUCUCUCCCCUCCCCACUCCACAGGAGACGGAACUCUCUCACUGUUCCGUCGGGACAAAAAGGAACUUUGGAAUUCCAGAACUUCCAGCUGGUGUGAAUGUGGAUGUAAAUAUGCCCCAUGUUGUCCAAAAGCACUUUAAUCACUAACAGCUGAUCUGUUUCACAAGCCAAGGGGUAUUUCAAUUUCUUCGUCUUAAUUUGGAGUUAAUUUCUUCUGUUCUAGUCUAGUGGUUCUCUGUAGUACACUAUUCUCCUCCUAUCAGAGCUGUGUGUGUGUCUGCUUCUGGUUCCGUGUCAGAUGACCGGUGGCUCAGGGUCAAACACUUCAGCAGUCCAGGGUUCUAGUCCAGGGUUCUAGUCCAGGGUUCUAGUCCAACGUUCUAGCAGCCCAGGGUUCUAGGGUUCCAUGUGCUGUAGUCUAGGGCUUGAGUCCAUUGCUCUGGAUCAUCCACUUCCUCAUUCCAGGGUUCUAGUCCACUGUAGCUGGCUCCACGCUCGGCACCUGUAAAGUGCGGCACCUCCUCUGUGUAGGACGUCUCAGGCAGGUGCAGCGUCUGGGCCUCAGAACCUCUCGCCUGGACCGGGUGUGGACCGGGUGUGGACCGGGUGUGGACUCAGGAGGGCCAGUGUGCCGUAUCAAGGGCUUCCAGAUCACCACCAGCAGGACUGGCACACUAACACACACACACACACACACAACCUCCCUCAUUAGCGCCCCCAUGUGGUGCCCUGUAGGUUAACACACACACACACACACACACAACCUCCCUCAUUAGGGACCCCAUGAGAUGUCCUGUAGGUUAACACACACACACACACGACCUCCCUCAUUAGGGACCCCAUGAGAUGUCCUGUAUGUUACAAAGGGCUGUUGAACGCACUGCCCCUGCAGUGUGUGUGUGUGUGUGUGUGUGUGUGUGUGUAGGGUGGAGAUGCAGAGGAAAAAAGGUGUUUACUGAACUGCCAGCCAAACUAUGCAGACCCGGGCCCAUUAAGUGGCUGCAGCUGAUUGGUCCAUAGCCGAAGCCUAUUUAGUGACUGGCCAAUCAAAUUGGAUCUGUUUAUUGUCCAAUUAGAGCAAAUCUGUACAACAACACUGGCCAAUGGGAGCAGCAAUGUGAAGUGACUAGCCCUUGACCGACCAAUCAUAGUACGUGUGUGAGUCAAUCAGCCAAUGAGAGUAGGGGCCUGUCAGUCAAUCAACCAAUAUCCAUGGUUGUGUGUCAGUCGAUCGGCCAAUGAGAGUAGGUGUGUGAGGUAAUUGACCAAUGAGAACAGCUGUGGCUGUGAGGUCACUGUGAGAAAAGCCUGUUGUCUUAAGGGGGGAGUGGCCUGGGGAGUGGGCGUGGCUCAUGGUUUCCACUCCGCCGUAGUGUGUGUGAGGGGUGUGUGUGUGAGGGGUGUAGAGCGUUCUGAUGACCGUGCUCAGCGACUGCGGUCGAGUCUGAGCCCAUCGAGCUGCCUGACAGGAAGACGGUGUUCUGUUGCCAUGACGAUGACGGACGCCUCGGGGCAGAUCAGCUGUCCGGUGCUCCGCCUCCUGAGAGCGGCGCGAGCCGACAGCCGGGACGUGUGUGUGUGUGUGAGACGCUUCAAAAGCGAAACUCGCACGGAGACGCUUCAAAGGGAGAGAGCGAUCUGCCCGUCUCCGGGUGCGGAGUGAGAGUGUGUCCUCGUGCCGGUCGUGUGUGUGUGUGUGUGUGUGUGUGUGUGUGUGUGGGAGUUGGUGUAUGCUGUAUGUGUGUUGGGAAGAACAAAAGAGGAAAGUCCCUGUUUACCCUUAAUGUCAUGUAUGAGGAGAAAAAAUAUUAAACACGUUUUUCAACAAC